UGGUGAUUUGGUUUUUCAAAACCAUAAUUGCGAUGAAGGAGUACGCCAUGAUAUAGAAAUACAUCCUCCCCCCAUCAAUUUGGAUAGCUUCCGGACACCCAAAAAAAGAGCCACGGACAUCCCAGUUUGUAGUUCAUCAUGUACACCCAACUGCGAUGAGAACUUGAAGCCAGCUGUAGGAAUGACAUUUGAUAGUAUGGAAGCGGUCGAGGAGUUUUACAAGGCUUAUGCACACAAUGUUGGAUUUUCAGUUCGAAUUGGACAGAAGAAGACUGUAGAUAAUGUGAUGGUCUGGAGGCGUUUCCUUUGUUCAAAAUUAGGAUUCCGAACAGAGAAGGUGGAUGAACCCAGGACGAAUUUGAAUGGAGAGAAGAAAAGAACACAUGCAAGAAAGAUCACUAGAUGUGGUUGUGAGGCCAUGAUAACCGUGAAGCGUACAAAGGAUGGCAAAUACUCGGUAUCAGAUUUUCAUGAAGAACACACCCAUGAUUUUGUCACACCUAGUAAGCAACAUUUAAUCAAGUCUAACAGAAAAGUCAGUGAAAAGGCCAAGGGCACACUAUUCACAUGUCACGCAGCUAGCAUUGGUACAUCUGGGGCGUUUCGGUUGCUUCGUGCUGGUGAGGGCGGAUUUCAGUUUGUGGGGUGCACAAAAAGAGACCUGCAAAAUUAUCAUCGUGACAUGAGAAGUACUUUCAAGGAUUCAGAUGCUCAAAUGUUCAUUGACAACCUCAGGAAGAGGAAGAAAAUCAACCCGGGGUUCUUCUUUGAGUAUGUUCUUGAUGAUAAAAACUGUCUGACACAUGUAUUUUGGGCUGAUGCUUUUUGUAGAAAGAAUUAUGCUUUGUUUGGAGAAAUGGUAUCCUUUGACUCUACAUAUAGCACCAACCAGUACAACAUGAUUUUUUGCCCAUUCACAGGAAUAAACCACCACAUGGGAUCUGUUUUUUAUGGUGCCGCCUUGAUUGUAGAUGAGAAGAUAGAGUCAUAUGAAUGGGUAUUUGAAACGUUCUUGAAAGCAAUGGAUGGGGCAGCACCAAGGCUUAUAGUAACUGAUGAAGACCAAAGCAUGAAGGCUGCAAUUGAACAUAUAAUGCCAAACACUAUCCAUAGGUUAUGCAUGUGGCACAUAAUGAGAAAGCUUUCAGAAAAGGUUGGCCCUCCAUUGAGAGAGGAUGAACAUUUCUAUAGUACAAUUAACUCAUGUGUAUGGGGCUCUGAAAACCCAGCUGAAUUUGAGGCAAAAUGGUCUUCGUUGAUUUCUGAAUUUGGGCUUGGGGAAAACACAUGGUUUGCCAGGAGAUACGAACUUCGUGAAUCAUGGAUACCAGCCUACUUCAGAGGUGUUUUUUUGGGUGAGACUCUAAGAACCACUUCAAGGUCGGAGAGUGCUAACUCGUUUUUCAAUCACUUUAUUGGCUACAAACAUGCUUUGGUGGAGUUUUGGAUUAGGAUUGGUACAGCCCUAGAAGAACAACGUCAGAAUGAACUCAAGGCUGACCACGAGUGCCUCAAUUCUAUGCCUCCAUUGAUUACAUCUUGGGAGAUUGAGAAGCAUGCUAGUCUGGUCUUCACCCAUGAGGUUUUCAAAUAUUUUCAGAAGGAGGUGCGUGCAGCUAGAGAUCAUUGCUUGAUUGAAAGCAUAUCACAGGAAGGUGACGUGAGAACCACGGUUAUAGGUGGUGACCGCUCUUCGAAGUCUCGAGAAGUUCAAUUCAACACAGCAUCCAUGAGUGGUCAUUGCUCUUGCAUGUUAUUUCAGACACGUGGAAUUCCAUGCCGACAUAUCAUUGUUUUUUUGAGAGGUGCAAAGAUGAAUGAGCUACCUAGCCAUUUUAUUCUAGAUAGGUGGAAGAAAACGGUUAACAGGAGGGUACUAUAUGAUAGCUACGACAACUUGCUUGAAGAGAAUGAAAGUAGUUCCUUAGAUUUGGCAAAGCGAAAAAUGAUUUCUGAGAUACACCAAGCAGUGGAUGAUACAAUUAGGUUGGCUGAACACUCUCCUGAAGAAUUGGAAGCAAUAAGAAACAUUCUCAUUGACAUGAAAAGAAAUGUUUCUGAAAGGGUUGUUGCCAAUCAUCCUAGUAGACAAGAUGAGUUUGAGGCAUAUAUUGGUUGUACUAUGCCUAAUCAAGUUGAAAUUCAUCCACCAACAGAUGUCCAUACAAAAGGGAGAUGCAAAAGAAUUAAGGGGCACUUAGACAAGGGUGGGCAUCAAAAUAAGGAUGUAGAAGGGAAGCAAAAUAAGGAUGGAGAGGGGAAGAAAAAUGUUGGUGGACAAAAAAAGAAAGUGCCUAGAACGUGCAAGAAGUGUAAGUAAGUUGGCUUCCAUGAUAGCCGUAAUUGCCCCAACAAUAACUAAG